UUCUGGAGACUCUAUAGACCUGUAUAUAAGCAUGUACAUAAAGAUUUCAUAACCAAGACAAAGCAAGUGCAACUUAAACAUGUCAUCAUAUAGUGAGAGUGUGGAUAAUGAGAGUGUGAGCGAUAUCAGCCUAGAUGAAGAUGAUGAGGAAUUGAUUUGGAGGGUCUUUUAUAAUGAUUUGGAUAGAAAAACAGGCCUUUUAGAUCAAUCUACCCAGGAUAUUGAAGAUCAUAACAACUAUUAUGAGGAAGAUGAGGAUGAAGAUAUUGAGGAUGUGAGUGAUUUGUCAGAUAUAGAAGACAGUGAGUUAGCACAAAGGUACCGUGAACUAAGAGAAACGAAAAUAGAUAAGGAUAUGCCUGAAGAAGAGAAGAAGAGACUUUUGAUUUCACACUUUUCAGAAGAUCAGAUGGAAAGAUUUGAAGCAUACAGAAGAAUGACAAUCAAUAAGCCUGGUGUCAAGAAGAUCUGUAAUAGUGUGUUGGGCCAAUCUAUCCCACAAAAUUUAGCAGUUGUGUUAGCAGGUAUCUCGAAACUGUUUUUGGGUGAGAUAAUCACCAAAGCAUUUGAAGUUCAGGAGAGAGAAAACCGUUCAAAGCUCAUAAUAGAUAUCGAUGAGAAAAAGAAGCAAAAGCUUGCUGUAUUAAAGAGUUUAGAGCAGGGAAAAGAAGUUAAUGUGGAUGAUAAAAGCAAAAAGUUACAGUAUGGAGGUGAUGUAGCGAAACCAUUGCAACCAAAUCAUAUAGUUGAAGCUUACAGACUAUAUAAAAUGGAAAAUAGCGGAGCGUUUGAGUCGCAAUGGAGAAGAGAAGGAGAGGUUGACGGAAAGGGUUUGAGAUAGUUUCCCCAUAAAACAUAGAAAAUACUCUUCGAAACAUGCACUGCAGUAUAUAGUCUCAGACUAAUGCAUAUUUUUAGUGUUUCACCACGAUGUUUGUGGAGCGCUUUCGUAGAAUCGUUAAUUCAAGUGUUUGUACGUUUACCACAAGUACUCACUCAUCAUUCCAAGC